AUGACAUCUCCCUCAAUCGUCACCACUCCUCUCCAUCCUAAGAUUCACACACCUGAGACCCCACAGUUUGGCUUUCAUGAUAAUUAUCAACCUUAUUCCCCAAGUCUCUCGAAACAUACUUCACGUCGUUUUCACCCUCACAAUGAGACUACAGACAAGAAAAUAACGCCAACCUCCUCAAAUCAUUCGAUCCGCAGUUCAAACAGAGAAUCUAAAUCAAUAUAUUCAAUUAAUGGCAGUAAUUCUACGCAAUCCUUUCAAAUCACAAGGAAUAAGUCUAAAUUUGGGGAACAACAGGCAGAUUUACACAUGAAAAAGACACCAAAUGAUUCAACUUCUAAAAUGCUAGAAAAAGAAGAUAAAGAUAUCAGCCUUUCGCCGCUUACUUCAAAAACCAACCGAACGUCUCCUGCUUCAUGUUGUCUCAGCAUGGGAAUGCUCAUGACACCCACAAAAACUCCAAUGAAGAGGAGAAGAAAGAAUCUAACCUCUGUAUCCUCAGUCGCACGAAAACUUUUUUCUAAUGAGCUAAACAGCCAAGAAACAUUUUGCUUGUCAUCAACCGAGAAAACCUGUGAGACAACCUCACGAGAGGUAUCAGUGACCCCGGACGCUGAAGAGGAGGCCGAAUACAUUUCCAUAUUCACAGAUUCUCGCGACCGCAUACCAGAAGUUGAUCUUAGCCCCAAUAAUCCGUUCUUCCUUGACAAAAAUUCUAUGUAUCCCAGUACAUGUAAAUCUCCUUCUAAGCCGGUAAACAUAGCAGUUAAAGGCGAGGGCUUCCGAACAUCACAUGAGCUGGUCAGUCGCGAAGAUGGCCUAUUGUACAACUUCCGGGGCAAAAUAAUAUUUCGUAAAUUUGAUAAUAAUACUGAGUUCAACGAAUUUUCAAAGGAUGAUUUACCGGGUGAUGACGUCAUCCCCUUGCCCCGCAAUAUCUGGCAACCGACAAGCCGGACUUCACUUAAGCCAAGGCUCUUAUUUCCUACGAUCCCCAAAUCUACAGACCGACAAACAGAGGAAUACAUUUUAAAGGACUUGGGAGUCGGGAGCACCGUCGAAGAUUCGCCCCUCCCAAAAGAAAAUCCCACGAAAAAAGACGAAAAGUCAUUAAUUUCAUUAACCCCGAAAUUCAAGCCUAUUUCACCUCCAAACUCUUUCAGGGCAUCUCCUAUAAUACCAAAGAUACAUGAGCCAAAUGACCGGCCAAUUCGAACACUUCGCAUCACUAAACAGGAGCUCGGAGAUCCAAUCACUUUGGGUUUACGCAACACCAAGAAAGCCAGACCGUUCGCAUCAUGGCAAUGCACUAAACCUUUGUCUGAGAAAACAAGAAAAAGAGGAGGAGAGCCACUUGAUCGUGACAGCCCAGACAAGAAAAUAAAGCUGUGA